CUUUCUUUUCCUUCAUUCUUCUAUCCUUUUAUCCUAUAAACAAUAUGAAAAAGAAAUAUAAGACGAAGUUCCCAGUAGCACGUAUCAAAAAGAUCAUGCAACUUGAUGAAGACGUUGGAAAAGUAGCACAGGCAACACCGAUAUUAAUAUCCAAGGCGUUGGAACUCUUCAUGCAAUCACUGAUUGAUCAAGCCUGUAGCGAAGCGCGACAACGAGGUGCCAAGCGAUUAACUGUAGCUCAUUUGAAAAAGACUAUCGACACAACUGAACAAUUUGAUUUUUUGAAGGAUAUUGUAGCUACUGUAUCUGAUCCUAGUGAUACACCUAUGGUUGAUGAAAGGGAAGAAAAACCGGCAAAAUCAAGGAAACCAAAAUCAUCAAGGAUGAAGGAAGAAGAAGAUUAGCGGUAGAGGAAAUAGACAUUCUUGUACGACAAUUCCCAGCAUCAUUUUAUACAAUUCUUAUUGAUCACACCAAUUCAAGUGCUGAUGACGAUAUGUUGGAUAUUUUACAUUUAUAUUAGGUUGUAGCAUAGAUAUCUUCUCAUUCCUUUUUCUCUUUUUAUCAUUAUCAUUUCAUUCCCCCCUUUUACAUCCCCCCGUUCUCACUUCAUUUUUAUUCAAUAAACAAAUGACGACUAUCAUUCAUGAUGAACA